AUGGUCAACCUAGCGUAUGAUAACUGUGACUUCAAGUUCGGUGUUGGCCAGCCAAUGGAUCUCAAGGACCGAACAUUUGAGAGCAUCACAACCGGUCUCUUCUUUGCACCACUGAAGGAAAUGCUUCCUGAGCAUUUGGAAUAUGCCGAAAGUUUAUGGAACACUCACCCAAACAACCCCAGCGCUCUUAAUGUCCCACCAACGAUCACCUUUGCUGACAUUUUACCAACAGGUGAAGAUACACUCAUGAAACAUUGUCAGUGGCACGUUGCAUCAGUAUUAAUCGAAGAAUACUUCCCUGAACUUCGAUCCCAUCUUAUCAACCCACCAUUGACAUUCCGAUUGUCACCACAGCCAACUUUGUACUCAACAGCAGAGGCAGUGUAUGCAAAGGCAUCCACCAUUGAUGGAAAUAUCGAUGCAAUAAUGUCGCUUCUUGAGCAAAGUGGCAUCAUAAAAGAAGGGGUUUUCGAAAAAUAUAUGGUCCUUCUCCAUGGGGAUCUCGGUAUGGUUGAAAAGAUUGAGGGGAUUUUGCGAUUGUGA